GGGCUGCGAUCUGAAGAAAUAAUGAAGGUUUCUGGCGUGCUAGGAGGGCUCCUCAUGCUUUUUGUGUCUGUUCGUGGUUCUGCGGAAUUGUCUGUAACCUGUACUGCAUCUUGGCUCCAUGUUAGAAUUAGACGAACGCCUAUAAUACAUGAUCUACAACCUCAGCACAAUGAAUUGUAUCUAGGCAGUGGCUGCCCCAUAAAUAUCAUUGAGACAGACUUCUUUGAGUUCCUUUAUCUCCUAAGUUUAUGUGACAUCAAAGUGAACGAAUACCCAUUAGCUAUUCUCAUUGAAAGUUCAAUCACAUAUGAGCCGAUGAAUUUAGAUUUUACUGGCCACAUCCCAAUAUCGUGUUAUAUUCAAAGAGUGUUUCCAAUGACCUUGGUGAUGAAAAGGAGAGACGAUAAUAAUCAUGAAUGCAAAAGGCCCAUAGGACAGAAGUGCUCACUAUCAUGUAAAGUUGAAUGCUUGGGAAUCCAUACAGGAGCAUCAUUUAGGUGA